UUUGCCAUAUCUUUUUUUUUUUUUUUUUUUUUAAUAGGGAAUUUCAAAGAGGGGGAACUGAAGCAGUAGUUAUUUGUGCGUAAACGGGAUAGGUUGUUCUCCAAAUUUUUAGGAGUUGUGCACUUUGAGACUGAGCAGUUUAUUUCGAGGUUGUGUCCUGGGUGGAGUUUUCUUUGCCUCCGCAGGAGCGGUGCACGGAUUACAAUGCAAAGGCUUUUGGAGGUUUGGGUCACCUUGGUGACAGUUUCUGCGCUGGCCGAGGGGGUGUUUGGAGGAUACGGGCUCAGCAUGUUUGCUGCGCAGUCUUCCCCUCCGGACCCCUGCUACGACGAGAACGGGAACCCCCGGAGGUGCAUCCCCGACUUCGUCAACUCCGCUUUUGGGAAGGACGUGCGCGUCUCCAGCACCUGCGGAUACCCGGCUGCCAGGUACUGCGUGGUGACCGAGAAGGGAGAGGAGAGGACCAGGGACUGUCACACAUGUGAUGCCGGGGAUCCCAAGAAGUCUCAUCCACCUGCGUAUUUAACGGACCUCAACAACCCGCACAACCUCACCUGCUGGCAGUCUGAAAACUACAUGCAGUAUCCACAGAACGUCACCCUCACCUUGUCUCUGGGGAAAAAGUUUGAGGUCACUUAUGUGAGCCUGCAGUUCUGCUCACCCAGACCUGAAUCCAUGGCGAUCUACAAGUCCAUGGACUAUGGCAAGACCUGGAUGCCGUUUCAGUUUUAUUCCACUCAGUGCAAGAAAAUGUACAACAGACAGAACAAGGCGACGAUUACCAAACAGAACGAGCAAGAAGCGAUUUGUACGGACUCCCACACGGACAUGCACCCUCUGACAGGGGGGCUCAUCGCCUUCAGCACCCUGGACGGAAGACCCUCGGCGCACGACUUCGACAACUCCCCGGUGCUGCAGGACUGGGUGACGGCUACCGACAUCAAGGUGAUCUUCAGCCGGCUUCACACUUUCGGGGACGAGAACGAGGACGACUCGGAGCUGGCCCGAGAUUCCUAUUUUUACGCCGUGUCGGACCUGCAGGUCGGAGGAAGGUGCAAGUGCAACGGACACGCUUCAAAAUGCGUGAAGGACAGGGAAGGGAAUCUGGUUUGUGAGUGCAAACACAACACGGCGGGACCGGAGUGCGACAGGUGCAAACCUUUCCACUAUGACAGACCGUGGCAACGCGCCACGGCCAGAGAGGCCAACGAGUGUGUGGCCUGCCACUGUAACCUCCACGCCCGUCGCUGUCGUUUCAACAUGGAGCUGUACAAGCUGUCAGGUCGACGAAGCGGCGGCGUCUGCCUCAACUGUCGCCACAACACAGCAGGACGCCACUGCCACUACUGCAAAGAGGGUUACUACAGGGACAUGACCAAGUCCAUCUCUCACCGGAGAGCAUGCAAAGCGUGUGAUUGCCAUCCCGUUGGAGCAGCAGGGAAGACGUGUAACCAAACCACAGGCCAGUGUCCCUGCAAAGACGGAGUGACGGGGAUCACCUGUAACCGCUGUGCCAAGGGCUACCAGCAGAGCCGCUCCCCCAUCGCCCCCUGUAUCAAGAUCCCAGUUGUGUCUCCUACAGCGACUUACAGCAGCUACGAGGAGCCGUCAGACUGUGAAUCUCACUGUAAAGCAUCCAAGGGAAAAAUGAAGAUCACCAUGAAGAAAUACUGUAAAAAAGAUUACGCUGUCCAAGUCCACGUCCUGAAAGGAGACAAAGCCGGCGAGUGGUGGAAGUUCACCGUCAACAUCAUUUCUGUCUACAAACAAGGUGAGCAUCGCAUCCGCCGCGGGGACCAGCUGUUAUGGGUGCGUGCCAAGGACGUGGCCUGCAAAUGCCCCAAGAUCAAACCCGGGAGGAAAUACCUGCUCCUGGGUACAGAUGACGACUCCCCUGGGCAGAGCGGCGUGGUGGCAGACAAGGGAAGCCUGCUCAUCCCCUGGAAGGACCUGUGGGGACGUCGGCUCAGGAAGUUCCAACAGCGUGACAAGAGAGGAAAGUGCUAAAAGUAGCAGGAGAGGAGAAAGGAGGGGGGGUUAUGUGGGAGAGGUGGGUGUGAAAUAAUGGAAUAAAGAACUGAGUGCGGGGAAGAGGAGGGAAUGAAUGAAAAAAUACAUAAACUGGAAGAAUUUAAGAUAGAGGCGACAAGUAGGGGAAAGACUGAGUGCUGCUGCUCUGAGUUGGAGCGAAGAGAUUAGUGUUUUUUAGGAACUUUUGUGAAGGAGUUCAUUCUACAGUUGUUCUGUUUGUCUUUCAAGGUUUGUUUUGUAAUUGCAGAGUUUGCACCUAAUGUUACAGAUAUGUCACAUUCUGACUUUGCCAUUUUAUUUGGAACUCCUUUUCUUAGUUAUUUUCGGGAACAUUGCAUCUACUGUAUCACCUUUCUGUAUUUCAGAGAAUCCUGGUUUAUUAUUUGUUUGGGAAUGAGGGAUUCAAUGAACAAGAAUCAACUUUUCAACCUCUUAAUAUGUUACUUUCUUCACAGAACCCAAAACUAAACGAGGGCUAGAGUUACAUUUGAGCUGAGUAGUUUGGGUUAUCUUUCAUGUUAAAUAUAGAAACUAUAAGGUGUUCUCCCCCAAUUAUAUCUAAUACAUAAUAUGAACCUUACACUUGUUAACUUAAGGAUUUCAGGAAAAGGGUGGAUGUUCAAAGGUUAAAGGUCCAAUGUGAAGGUGUAGGUGGAUUUAGGUGGAUCCAAGUGAAGAAACGGAAUAUAAUAUUCAUCAUCAUAUUUUCAUUCUUUCAUAAUUACAUGAAAAUAAGAAUAGUUUUUGUGGCUUUAGAAUGGGUCAUUGAUGUCUACAGAGGGAGUGGGUCCCCAUUGAUGGAAUCCACCAUGUUGCACCACCAUGUUUCUACAGCAACUCCAAAUGGGUGGUAUUAGUGUGUGGACCAGAGUUAAUAACCCCUUAAGAACAGACAAAACAAAUACUGGCUGUAAUGUAGGACUUCCAUGUUUUGUGCAGCCACCACAGAUGAGUGUGUGGGAAUGGUUGCAAUCAUCAACCAGCUGUCAGUAAAUAUCACACACUGAACCUUUAAGUGUAAAACCAAUCUGUACCAUUUUCCCAGAGAACUCCCUGCUCAUAUGCGAGUGUUACCUCAGUGAAACAAAAUGCCAUACAGAUCCUUCAUUUUCUAUAAUGAUCACACUUCUCAUUACAAGAACGUCUUCGAUUAGCUCUUACUGAUAUAUCAAUAAUAUGUUGUGGUUGUGACCUCUGCAAUGUAAACCAUAUGUGCAUACGUAGACUUUUUUGAGUAGAUGAUGCCGUAGCAUCAGGUAGAUGUAGAAUAGACAUGUCAACCAUGCACUUAUUUACUAGUCAAAAGUUUUAGAACAUAUGAGAUAUGUUCAUGUUUUUAGAGUGGCAUCCCAAAAAAAGAAGAAAAUCCCAUAGUGUAUCAUAUAUAUGAUGCAAAAAAAGCUGUAAAGUUCAGACCCUGCUUGUGUCACCGAUGACUGCUCCAUGUAGAAUGAUGUAUGGACAAAUUCGUCAAAGCUACAAAUGACUCAGACUAGCGUUUAUGCUCUAAUAAAGGAUGAAGUUGGACAUCCCAUUUUGACAUAACUGAUGAAGUGAUUGCUUUAUCUACAGUAUGAACAACUCUUCACCAGAAAAGACUUUUGACCUAUCAAGCAAUCCUCAUCCAGUACCACUGACAUAAUGCAUGCUCACUGUUUACUGUAGCUGACUGAUAGCUAACAACAAUUGUGAAUUAUGUAAACAUUUUAUUUGUAUACAGUACUCAAUGUUGUGGGGAAAAAAUACCUGUGGAGUGAUUAAAUAUCACAGUUGUUUAUUGUACAGUGAGUUCAUCACCUCAAAGCAACUUUUUGAGGACUGGAGUUCAUACUGAAGACCUGGUACUCGACACAAAGGCAUGACCAACUGUCUACAUGUUAUAUAGUUGUAUGGUAUUACUUUUUUUUACUUGUUAAACAUUAACUAGAUCUAUGUCCAUGUGAACUUAACCAGAGUUUUAAAUAUUAGAGGCUUAAUUAAGGGAAAGACAAAUAAAUGAAUGACAGAUAAACUUCUCAUGUUUACCUGAGUAUGUGCACACAGGACAUCACAUAAAGAGACUGAGUUUACACAAAAACACACUGCACAUUAAUACAGAGACACACCUAAACACACACAUGUACACAUGCAUAGAUACACAGGUGCACCUCUUUACUUGUGCAUCAUACUGUAUGAAACAGAACAUGAAAACACCACAUUCACAUUUACUUUAUAGGCGUUUACAGACUGGUACACAUUACCAGACUUCUCCUCUCUGACAAAUAUCCCAUUGGAAUAACUUUCCACUCAUGUUUAUACAUCUGCUUGUAAAUGUUGUUUAGCAGUGUCCAUUGCAAAUGGGUGUGUAAUGUCUUGUAAUACUAAUAUAUUAUGUUUAUCACAAAUGAAUAUAUUUAAUGACAUGUGAAACUGUGUGGCUUUUGUGGUUUUUACUUUUGGCUUUUUUUGUUUUGUGUUUUUUUAAUUUUGGUUACAUUUUUUGCAUUGCAUUGUAGAUGGCUGUAAUGAAAAGUA